ACCGCCAAUAAAUCAGUACAAGACUGUCAGUGAAAACAAAUGGCGUUGUCCGCGCUCGUUCUGUUUGUGUGUUUUGGUGUAGUGUAUAGCCAGAUUUUGUGUGAGGAUGGAUAUUGUAGGACGUACAGUUUCGAGGUAGGCUGCACGGCGGCCGCGCAGCACUGCAGCAUCAACAACGCAACACAUUCGGGCAUGUGGCUCAUGUCACCCACCACUUGCAACUGCUGCGAUUAUUGCCUGCCUUUUAUACCGGAAGGCGAACACUGCAGUUUGGGCGGGCCGGGUACAGGAACAACUGUCGGCAGAUGUGGCGACGGGCUCACCUGCGUCGCAGAGCAAGAUGGCAACUUUUGCAGGAGAAUGAAAUCCGACUGUCACGCCGCCCAGGAUGAAUAUGAUGCUCGUCAUGAAUCUGGACAAAUCGGGGCCUUGGAACAGCGGCCAGCCUGCGAUGGCAAGGGGCGGUAUCGGCAUUUUUACUGUGUGCCUACUCAGACGUGUUUUUGCCAAUCGGACGAAGGUGAACGGCUGUUUGGAGAGGUUCUUCAUCAGGGAGCAGCGACGGAACGGAAUAUGCAUUGCGGUUGCUCCCGCCUCCAUCACAAAAUACAGAAAUCCAUAUCUCCCGGUCUCAAGAUACCGGUGGUAGGGCUCCGCUGCACGUCGGACGGGAAUUUCAACCCUGUGCAGUGCCUGAAUAACGAGUGUUAUUGCGUAGACAAGAUCACGGGGGUUAUCAAGGGGGAUGAGAAGAUAGAUUUGGAGGUUGAGUCGAUUUCGGAGUUGUCCUGUUACGAUGAAACUCUCGACCUCUUCCCCUCCAACACCGGCUCUCCCCCCUACAACUACACCUCCCCCUGCCUAGAGGAUAUGAAAGAGAUGGUAGACUACCUGGAGGAGAGUGAGCGGGACGGGUAUAACGUGGAUUACUCUAGCAGCGUACCGGAGUGCAUGCCAGAUGCCACUUAUGGGAGGGUCGUGAAAACUUUUACGGGAUCGAAAAUUUGUGUAGAUGAGCACGGGAAGCCAAUAGAAGGAUACGAAGCUAUGCCUGGCACGAAGGAGUACGAGGAAAUGAAUUGCAAUUGUGCCCUGACUACCUUACUAAUGGUCAAUUUACCCGAGAAGCCAGUGUGCUGCAGCAACGGCAACUUCCGGCGGGUGCAGUGUCGCCGCGGCGCCUGUCGCUGCGUAGACGACGCCGGACGGCAAGUCGGUGCGGAGUCGGGCAAUGUAGCCGACCUGCCGUGCUACGUGGGGGAAGAGUGGAAAAUCUGCUAAUAAAUAUAUUUAUUGAAA